AUGAGCCCUUUUGCGUUUUAUGCAGUUGUUGUCCUCAUUACUACUUGCAUCGCCGCCGUUGUUGUCCAGCCAAAGAAAGAAAGUACCCCCAUGACAUCGCCACUCCGACAAGCUGUGCAAUGCAAGUGUGGCAAAGUCCAGCUAGCGAUUGAUUCGCCGUCAGCGUUGCGAUUCGUUUGUUACAGCAAGGACUAUCGCGGAUAUUAUAAUUCGUUGAACGAGCUAGCCAAAGAGAAGAAUAAGGAACCAAAUGCCGUUUUGGAUUCGUGGGGUGGCGUCGACCUCACUCAGAUUUACCCUAGCGAGAUUUCCGUGAAGGAAGGGUCGAACCUGUUGACCCCCACGUUGAUUCGAGAAGGAUCUCCGGUUCGCCGUGUGUAUGCCAGUUGUUGCGACACUCCCAUGUUUGACAUUGGCAGUGCCGCGGCGCUGAUCAACACGGAUCUUUUGGAGGAGACCAACAAGCCUGCGGUCAAGUUCCGCAUCCUCGGACGCCACGCCCUUUCCAAUGACAAGGAAAAGGCUCCUCCCAAUAUGAGUUGGUCCGUCCCAUUUGGCUGGUUCUGGACCAUGCCUGGACGAAUACAGAAAGACAAGAUGGAACCAACCCCCAUUGACCUGAGCUCUCCUCAGAUUUUGAAAAACUUUAAGGAGGGUUAG